AUGGUGGCGGGGGUGGUGGCGGCUGGAACCGAAGAACUUCGAGAUGAUUCGUACACAAAAUUAUUUAACAGCAAACGCUAUUUUAAGCCUUUGGAAUGCGGUCAAUACAUUUGGCGUCACGGUGAUGAUGCGACAGUCGAAAAACAACCAUCGUUGCACGUAGGCGUAUAUCCCGUACACAGAUUUACUACUACUAGUCAAGCAAUAAAACCUAGCAGUUUCACCGACAUUGAAGUCGUUUUUGAAGUCAACACUGAAAUGGUUGUUGAAUUCGGGGCACCGUAUCAAUUUACGCACUUCGACAAAAUUCAUAUUCCAUUCGAAGACGGUGUCAUGCAUCAUAAUUUGACUAGUACGCAACCACAGCACUUUUUCCGUGACGAUUUGUCAACGAUUUAUAAUCAAUUUGUAACAAUAGAAUAG